CUAAUAUAAACAAUGUGUAAUAAAUUGUUGAUGAAUAUCUUUACGAUUUCAUAUACAGGUUGUUUAUAUAGAGCAAUCUGAGUUUACCAUCCGACCAAACAACAGCCUAACGCCUUCACCAGAACAAAAAGAAAAAGAUAAAGUUUGCACAGGAUUAUGCAUUCCAUAAAGAGCUGUUUUUGCUCAUCGAAACCUAGAUAUUCAGCCCGGUUUAAAGACCAUGCCAUUCUCGCUGCCGAGACAACUUUUAAUGUGAACGAAGUCGAGGCUUUACAUGUUCUGUUUGAACAACUAAGCCGUUCCAUUAUCGAUGAUGGUCUUAUUCACAAGGAAGAAUUUAAGCUUGCACUCAUCAAUAGCAAGAGCAAGAACAAUCUCUUUGCAGACAGAUUGUUUGAGCUUUUUGAUCUUAAGAAAAAUGGGGUUAUCGAAUUCGAAGAAUUUGUUAAAUCCUUAAGUAUCUUCCACCCAAAUACUCUAGAUGAAGACAAAAUUGCUUUUGCAUUCAGGUUAUAUGAUCUAAAUCACACUGGCUACAUAGAACGUGAUGAGUUGAAGGAAAUGGUAUCGGCCACUUUGAGCGAGUCGGAUUUAUACCUUUCAGAUGAUGCAGUUGAGACAAUUGUUGAGAAGACGCUCUGGGAGGUAGAUCUGAAUGGAGAUGGAAAAAUCGAUUUAGAAGAAUGGAAGGAAAUGGUUGCAAGAAAUCCUUCUCUCAUAAAGAAUAUGACCCUUCCUUAUCUCAGGGAAAUUACUUUAGCAUUUCCACAUUUUGUGAUGACGACUGAAGUUCCAGAUUCAAAAUUGGUCUUUCAAACGGCAAACUAAAUCAUGCCAUGUCAUGUAACAAAGUGGUGUGAGAUCUUAUCAGCAUAUGACACUUGGUACUCAUAGAGACAGUAACCAUUUUAUAAUUUUUUUCCUGUUAAUUGUAACAUAUGAUUGUUGUAAGAAGUGUACAAAAAGAGCUAUAAUAAUCAAUUUUCACUGCAAAUGAGCAGAAUAUGUUCUAAAGUUGGUCUCUUAUUGUGGACUGUGGAGCA